AUGGUAGCUAAAUUAUUACACUUAUUCUUGAAACGAAAUAUUUUAUUUUGAAGUUUAGUAUUUGUAGAUGUAUUCAGACGUUCUUUCAAGACGUAUUUCUUAUUCAAUUGAUUCAAGCAAACCGAUAACCAAAUGAUGCUGGUGGUUAGCAAGUAGAGCUAGACAACAGUAGCGUAACAGUCCAAGAGAAUAGAACGAGGACACAUUCGCAACAUACUAGCUAGCACUAACUAGCUAGCUAGCUUGCGUGUAUAUGAUUAGGCUAGUCAUCUCACCUUACAUCGUUUUCAACCCAGGUACACAGACCGAAGGAGUUUUUAGUGGUAAGCUGUCUAGAAUUUGUAAAUCUGAAAAGCGUGAGUCUCACGGCGAAUGCGUGAGACUUGAGAGGCCAGUACUUUAGUGAUGUUAUAGGCUUAUGAGGUCACAUUGUUUUUUUUACUACAGUAGCCUACCUGGUCGAAUUUGUAGCCUGGCUUGAUGUUAAUCUAUUUGCUUUCAAUCCUCUCCUCACUCCUGCAAUACCUCAGAAAGCGAGGUAAGGCUAGAAGGGAUAGUUGCAUGAAAAAGCUACUGUUUAUCUAGGAUUUCAUGUUUGUAAAUCAACAAGACUCCCACCAUCAAUUUCCUUUGUCUCCUCUGUCCAGUACUCCAACCUCUCCACAGAUGACACAUAUAGUUUCCUCAUGGAACUCCAAAAAAGCAGCACAAUUGUGUUAGGAGAGCCGGAGACAACUUACAUUACUUCCUCAGAUAGCCAGGGCCCCCCCAUUCGACCCAAAAGCCCCUGGGGUCGCCUCGACCCCUAUGACUCCAGUGAGGACCUGGACAGGGAGUAUGUGGGCUUUGCCACUCUGCCCAACCAAGUACACAGGAAGUCAGUGAAGAAAGGUUUUGAGUUCACCCUGAUGGUGGCAGGAGAGUCUGGUCUGGGUAAAUCCACUCUCAUCAACAGUCUGUUCCUCACUGAUCUGUACAAGGACAAGAACGUUCUUGAGGCUUCAGAGAAGAUGGUUCAGACUGUGUCUAUCACUAAGAAGACUGUUCUCAUUGAGGAGAAAGGAGUGAAGCUCAAACUCAACAUUGUGGACACACCGGGGUUUGGGGAUGCUCUGAACAACUUACAAUGCUGGACAGUGUUGUCCGACUACAUUGACCAUAAGUUUGAGCAGUACCGCUUGGAUGAAAUCGGUCUUAACCGCAAGAACACCCAGGACCACAGAGUCCACUGCUGCCUGUACUUCAUCUCCCCCUAUGGCCACGGCCUGAAGCCUUUGGAUGUGGAGUGCAUGAGAGCUCUCCAAGACAAGGUCAACAUUAUCCCUGUGUUGGCCAAAGCAGACAGCCUCACUAGGGUGGAAAUCACACAGAUGAAAGCCAGGAUUCUGAGUGAAUUAGAGAAGUACAAAAUUAAGAUCUACCAUUUUUCUGACUGUGACUCAGAUGAAGAUGAGGAAUUCAAGCUACAGGAAAUAGAGUUGAAAAACUCUGUUCCGUUUGCUGUGAUAGGCAGUAAUGCUGUGGUGGAGGGUAACGGCAGGAGGUUCAGGGCCCGUCUCUACCCCUGGGGAGUUGUGGAAGUUGAUAACCCUGUCCACAGUGACUUUGUGCACCUGAGGAACAUGCUUGUGAGGACACACAUGCAGGACCUGAAAGAUGUGACCCAGGAAAUACACUAUGAAAACUACAGAGCCAAGUGGCUUUGUAAAAACUUUGACAAUGAUUCUGACAAACCUGAAGUGUUUGUCUUGGAAAGUGAUGGGAACAACACGAUCACAGCAGCAGUAAACUAA